AUGGCGAGUUCGAAGACGUUCUCGGGAUCGCCGCCCGACCCGUUGUCGGGUGAAGAAGCCUCCGAAAUCCUCGGGAGCAUCAGCAUGGCUGCAUUUCUGUGUCUCCUGUUACCCCAGCUCUACGCCAACUACAAGCUGCAAAGCGCCGACAGCCUGUCCAUGGCGUUCCUCUUCAUCUGGCUCGUCGGAGACAUUUCGAAUCUGCUGGGUAUGACGCAGGUUUCAGUUCAACGAGCUUCCAAGCGGUUGCUGUUGAAUUUCGGGUUGAUAUGA